GCCUCUCCCCUGCUCUCCGGAGCUGGUGGCGGGCGGGGGGCGGGCUUUCCGGGACGCGCGCGAGCAAGGUCAGACGCAGCUUGCAGAUAAGUAAACUUGACGACAAGUAAAUAGCCUAUUGAAUCACAAGUUGUAAGAAAAGCAAUACACCAAAGCAACAUAGUAUAUAAACACAAAAUAUAAAAACCACAGGCGUGAGGAAAGAAGUAGCUCCAGAGUGGAUGUGUCUCAACUCCAGGGCAGAUCUUGCCAAAGGAACACGGGAAUCUUGUACCUCACGGCUUAAGAAAUGGCUUCGCUUUCAGAAUAUGCCCUGCGCAUGUCUCGUCUAAGUGCCCGGAUCUUUGGUGAAGUGGCCAGGCCUACCGAUUCAAAGUCCAUGAAAGUGGUGAAUAUGUUCAAGGAGCAGCCCUUGGCCAAAAAGAAAGAGACUUACGACUGGUAUCCAAAUCACAACACGUAUUUUGCACUCAUGGGCACACUCCGUUUCCUUGGCCUCUACAGAGAUGAGCAUCAGGAUUUUAAGGAUGAGCAAAGACGUCUAAAGAAGCUCCGUGGAAAGGUGAAACCAAAGAAAGGAGAAGGGAAAAGAGCUACAAAAAAGAAAUAGUACCAGCUUGUCAAGAAAGAAAAUUUCUUCCUCAAUGACUAAGAAAGUAUAUCUCAUUAUCUUUUCAUAUAUUAGAGGAAUGUGACCUUCCUCAGUAGACACAGUGUGUUCACAUCCACUUCAGUUAAACUGUAACUGGUUUCUUGAAGAUAUUCUAAUUCUUCAAAAUUAUACUUACUUUGGUUUUGUAAUAUGAAGUUUACCUAGUUCUCUAAUGGAAUGAAUAAACUAUUGUCUUGUGAUUUGUUUAAGA